AAUUAUUGCAUCAACAUGGCCACACCGUCAUCUUUGCCGUACCACGAACCAUCAAUCACGACAAUAAUUAUACUUUCUGGCUUCCUAAUUCUCCUCAAUGCGAUCAACUAUGGUCUCAACAAGCUUGUUUAUUGUGGCCUUGUCGGCCAAGUCUUCCUUGGCAUAGCCUGGGGCACGCCCGGCACGGGAUGGCUCUCUGAAGCGACGGAGCACUCGAUCGUCCAGCUCGGAUAUCUUGGCCUGAUUCUUGUCGUCUACGAGGGCGGUCUUUCCACAGAUUUCCGAUCGCUCAAAGCGAAUCUUCUACUGUCCACAGCCGUCGCCAUCACCGGCAUCGCAUUACCCAUGGCCUUCUCCUUUGCACUCGCCUCAAUGCUCGGCGCGUCGCCCCUGCAAGCCUUCUCCGCUGGUGCCGCUUUGUGCUCUACCAGUCUCGGUACCACCUUCACCGUCCUCGGCACCAGCGGAUUGGUGACAACACGGAUGGGCGUUGUCCUCACCAGCGCCGCCAUGAUGGACGAUGUCGUCGGUCUGAUAAUGGUCCAGGUCGUCUCAAACCUUGCUGGAAGCACCGGCAACUUUGAGCCUGUCACGGUGAUACGGCCGGUUUUUGUUUCUUUAGGACUCACGGUUCUGUUUCCUUUGAUGUGCAGAUUCCUGGUCCGACCCGGAACGCUUUAUCUGAACGCAGUGCGCACCAAAAACCCAGGAUAUGGCCUUGAUCGCCUGUUGAGACUGCCCCAGACAUCACUCACCAUACACACAGGCUGCCUGCUGGGGCUGGUCAUCGCGGGGACAUAUGCGGGGACCUCUGGGCUGCUUUCCGCGUACGUCGCUGGCGCGACCAUUAGCUGGUGGGAUUCUGAGGUACCUCAUCUCCCAACACAAAUUUCCCAAGACAAGGAGCACAAACGGUCGAUAAAACACACUACGGAGCCUGAACCAACCCAGCCGACAGAUGUAGGCGUCUUGACAGUGUCUCCCGCCUCGAAUCGACGCCAGCUACCGGACGAGUCCUGUCCCAACAGUGGUACCGAAAUCUACGAGCGAUACUACAGCAAGGCUGUGUCUAGCAUUUUGUCACCCUUCUUCUUUGCUUCAAUCGGCUUCUCUGUUCCCAUUAGUCAGAUGUUCUCCGGUCCUAUAGUGUGGAAAGGUCUAGUCUACACUAUUUUGAUGAUACUCGGCAAGCUGAUCUGCGGCAUCUGGUUACUGUCUUUCGCGAGCCCCCUGCGAUCCCUCCAGCGCCUAGUCAAGUCACUUUCUCGCUCAAGAAACGAGGUUGCAAUUGUCACACCAGGGGCUCAAUGUAAGCAUAGGGUGCCUCGCACAAACAAUGUCCAAGCCUUGUCGGACACACAAGCUACCGAGCCGAGCCACAGCAGCCCCGAACGAGCUCCCAUGGCCGAGAUCCAGUCCGCAGAUUCGCCCACCAACAACGCAUCACCGGAUCCAGAAAUGCCAAUAUCUACAUAUCCAGCUUGCAUCCUUGGCUGCGCCAUGGUCGCACGUGGUGAGAUUGGCUUUUUGAUCUCAGCCCUGGCCGAGAGCACUGGCAUCUUCAGCGGACAGGCUGGCGCACCAGAGAAGCCCUCGGACCUGUUUCUGAUCGUGACCUGGGCAAUCACGCUCUGUACCAUAAUUGGGCCACUUUGUGUCGGCCUCCUUGUGAAUAGAGUGAAGAAGCUGGAGAGGAAAUCAAGAGGUGGAAAGCACAAUGUGCUUGGGGCGUGGGGCGUUGACCAGACCAGAAUCCCCUGACCAACAUGGCUUCCAGUCGAUCAGUCAUCAGUGUACAAUAAAGUUAUGAAAUUUGGGUAGCUAGUCAUAUGGUAAUUCCUAAUCGCCGACCGAUGUAAUGGAAAGGCCACGUUAUAGGCAAUUAAAUUAUAUACAAGCA